UCCAUCUGGAGGACAUCCGUAAAUUCCGGUAUAUGUUAUUAAUGCAAGAAACGCGUACUUUCCUACCUGUUAAAAACCGCCAAAAUGUUGAAAUUUUGCGCUGAAAAAAAUUGUGGAAGUCGGGGUAAGUGUGAGAGACAUGUACCCAACUUUAGAAUUCCAAAAGUGAAGCGAAAUGAAGGUAAAGAGAAGCGAGAGCUGAAGGGACAACAGCAGCUAAAGUGCUUGGUAAACAUUGGCCGUGCAGAUAUCGGAAUUGAAAAUAUUGGGAAUUAUCGCGUUUGCUCACUGCAUUUCAUCAAGGAGGGCAUUAUUUGUGGUUUUUCUUGAUUCCUUUGGUAUCUAAAAACCCUCAGAAGUGAUAAAUCUGGCUGUAAAUUUUUCUUCAGAUGUGUUUUCAUUUUGUAUGUAAAAACCCAUUUGGGAACCAUGGGCGAUUUAAAAAAAUUACAGCCAGAUUUAUCACUUCUGAAACUUUUUAGAUGACAAAGGAAUCAAGAAAAAACACAAAUAAUGCCUUAGUUGAUGGAAUGCAGUGAGCAAACGGCCAAUGUUUGCCAUGCACUCUGGCUGUUGUUGUCCCUUCAGCUCUCGCUUCUAUCUACCGUAAUUUCUCCUCACUUUUGGAAUUCUGAAUUAGUCUCUCACGCUUAUCCCGAUUUCCAUAAUUAUUUACAGCGCAAAAAUUGACAAUUUCAGCGGGUUUUAACGGGUCCGCUACGCUGGAAACAAUGGUAAGUGUUUACCUGCAGUUCAUCGCGUGUACUCCAUUUGGAGUAGCGUAACAACAUAUAACCAUAUAACAAUUACAGCACAGAAACAGGCCAUCUCGGCCCUACAAGUCCGUGCCGAACAACUUUGUUUUCCCUUAGUCCCACCUGCCUGCACUCAUACCAUAACCCUCUAUUCCCUUCUCAUCCAUAUGCCUAUCCAAUUUAUUUUUAAAUGAUACCAAUGAACCUGCCUCCACCACUUCCACUGGAGGCUCAUUCCACACCGCUAACACUCUCUGAGUAAAGAAGUUCCCCCUCAUAUUACCCCUAAACUUCUGUCCCUUAAUUCUGAAGUCAUGUCCUCUUGUUUGAAUCUUCCCUAUUCUCAAAGGGAAAAGCUUGUCCACAUCAACUCUGUCUAUCCCUCUCAUCAUUUUAAAGACCUCUAUCAAGUCCCCCCUUAACCUUCUGCGCCCCAGAGAAUAAAGACCUAACUUAUUCAACCUAUCUCUGUAACUUAGCUGUUGACAACAGUACGGGUCAUGGGUCGUUCGAAUUGAAUAGCAUUCAAACUUACUCGUACAUUUCCCUCUUUAUUGCAUUCGCAUUUUUUUGUAAUUGUGAUUGACAAUGCAAAUACGUUAAUAGGAGAUUUGGAAAAUAUGAGCCAAAAUAUUUUCCAGAGGCUGUUGGACUAACGUGUUGGACAAAGUGACAUGAAUGUUGAAGGCGGGUGAAGGAAUUUCUUGCAGUUUCCGGGAUUGCUCUUCACCGUCCGCCUCCGUCGCAUAAAAGCGGCUGCUGCUGCACCUCACUUCUCUAGUUUCGGCCAGAGAGAGGAGAAAAGAGCGGUUCCCGGGCCUCUCCGACAUGGCUGAGAACCAGAAGGGGGAAGAUGUCGGCGAUUCCGGCGGAGGAGGCGGGGGAAGUAACUCCACCCCGCCUAAGGCGAGGCCGGCGCCGGAUAAGGGAACGGCGGUAAAGAGGCGGCGGCAACGACAACAACAACAGCCGCAGCCCCAGCCUGAGCAGCGGCGCAAGAAAGUGUUGGUUCGCCCCACCGUUACCGAGCGCGUCCUCUCGGUGGCGGCGUCCAACAUGGAGCGACGCGGUAUCUCGCUGGCCGCCCUGAAGAAAGCGCUGACGGCCAUGGGCUAUGACGUGAGCCGCAACAACAACCGUGUCAACCGGACGGUGCGGCAGCUGGUGCAGGGGGGCUCGCUGGUGCGGACCAGCGGCACCGGUGCCUCCGGCUCCUUCAGAUUCAACCGGACACCGGCGCCCAAGCGGGAGAAGAAAACGGGGGUGGCCCGCAGGAAGGCGACGACCAGGAAAAAAACGAGGUCGCGCAAGCCCACCGCCGCCCAUUCCAAGAGGUCGCCGCCCAGGAGGAGGGGCCCGAAGCGCCAAACUAAAACGCGCAGGACCGUCGCCCGACCCUUCAAACGCCGCCCCAGAGCGGGCGUCCGUCCCCGCGCUAAGGCCCGGGCCCGUCUCCAGCCCCGAAGAGGUGGACCCCGGCCAGCGCGGGACUACCGCCGCCACCGGUCGGGUCGAGGAAGAAAGGCGGCCCGCGGACGGAUCAAGCGGCCGGCGGGGCGCCCACGUAAAUCCGGACCCAGGCGCCGGUAGAAGGAACCGCCCUCGCUUGUUGACGGUGUCGCCUUGAAGGGGUUGAAUGUACCGCUCUAUUAUAAAACGGCUCUUUUCAGAGCCACCAAACAAUCAAGGAAACAGCAAAUCCGUUCCAGGAGAGGACGACAUGUAACUUCUAUUCUAUCUGCCUAAGAUCUAACAACCUGUAGAUUUAAUAUCAAUUUCGCCACAAAGCCCUCCCAACAUAAUUUAAAAGUAGUCACUGAGUUGCAAAGCUUCGAUUCCAUACCUACAUUACCAACUAAUCAAAUUGUGUAAUCAAAUCCAUUCAUUGUUUUAUUCGCCCGGUGCAUUUGAAGAUUAGGUGAUUAUCUUUGCUACAGUUUUUAUUUAAGACCUUAAUUACAUCCCUUAAUUUAACACGUCAAUUAUAUCCAUGAAUUACUGAUACUAAACUAAAGAGUUAAGAUCAGAAUGGAAGAACAGCAACGCAAUGGGGUGACUUUAGAUAUGGUUCCAAUUUCAACAUGUGCAGAGCACAAAUAAAUGUUUAGGAAAUAACUGCAGAUUCAAAUCGAAGGUGGGCACAAAAUGCUGGAAUAACUCGGCGGAGCAGGCAGCAUCAAUAGAGAGAAGGAAUGGGUGACGUUUCGGGUCGAGACUCUUCAGACAAAGAAAUGUUUGACGUUACCGGGGACAAGAUUUAUAUUCUAUUGAUUGUACAUCGAAUGUCAAGCCAAGGAAGAUUUUUGACUUGAAGCGUUGAUUGUUUCUUUUUCGACGCUGCCGACCCGACUGUCCAACGUUUUGUAAUUUUCAGUGUUUUGACUUUCAUUGUAGCCAAUUGACACCGACAAAGUUAUUGAUCAAUUAGUUUUAUUUAUGAUCCGAAUGAAUCUCAAAUGGCAGCUUUAGACGGAGCCUCUACUUGGACCUGAUACUUUGUGACCGCUUUCAUCCCUUCCGAGACGGCGGAUAUCGACAGUUACCCAGGCAGCAGGAGGCGGAUGGAACUCUGAAUCUCCCGGGAGGGGAUGGUCUGGCGGAGGGUGUAAUGUACCAGACGAGAAGCCUUGAAGGAGAGGCGCUCGAAAAUGUCUGGCUAACGAGUUCAUGGCACUCAUGGUCAAAGAUCUUUGCUCAUGGUCUUGGAGGAGAAGCACGUGGUGGGGUGGACUUAUUUCAGCACCUGGUAGCUCAACCUCAUGGUGGCUCUUCUUUGAAAUGACGCAUUUCGAACUCACUCCCAAGUUACUUGUGGAAACAGCGACACCACUACAAAGUAUUCACGACUGCCCAAUUCCAAAUCAAAUCCCGAGGAAGUAUCAGGUCAAUGCCACACCGUCACCUCUCUGAUGAGGAAUGGGUAAUCGCUAAUUUCAAUUGAUUGCUCCUUGUUCACCUGCACCAAUCACAACAGUUUCCUUUUAACACUGGGCGGAGAAGAAUCUUGUUAUUUAAUAUCCAUAUUAAAACUUCAUCUACCAUGACAACCGCGUUCAAAUUCAUUGAUUUCAAUUGAAAAAAAAAACCCUAAAAUAAAUCUUUGGUGAGCCUCGAGAUAUUGAAAUUCAACUAUCCUCGAAAAGAAAAGGAAUAUCGAUGCCAAAAGAAAGGCUUCUCCAACAACGUCAAAAUGCAUAA